GCGUUUGGAAUUAAAGGCGUCGCCGGGUCUUCUACUUGCCUCUUUCCGUCUCUCGCUGCCGUAAGGAAAGGAGCAGCCGCCAUGUCCGCUCACCUGCAGUGGAUGGUCGUGCGGAACUGCUCCAGCUUCCUGAUCAAGAGGAACAAGCAGACGUACAGCACGGAGCCCAACAACCUGAAAGCUCGCAACUCCUUCCGCUACAACGGUCUGAUUCACCGCAAGACUGUGGGCGUGGAGCCGGCGGCCGACGGCAAGGGUGUGGUGGUGGUCCUGAAGCGGAGAUCAGGCCAGCGGAAACCCGCUACCUCCUAUGUGCGAACUACCAUCAACAAGAAUGCCCGGGCCACCCUCAGUAGCAUCAGGCACAUGAUCCGCAAGAAUAAGUACCGUCCGGAUCUGCGCAUGGCUGCCAUUCGCAGAGCCAGUGCUAUCCUGCGCAGUCAGAAGCCUGUGAUGGUGAAGAGGAAGCGGGCCCGCCCCACCAAGAGCUCCUGAGCACUUGCCCCUGUACCCAGAGCAAUAAAGAUGUUAACCAUCUGG